AAUAAAAAUGGCGAUGGAAACGGUUCCCAGAGAACUUCGUGGUUUAAGAGCUUGUUUAAUGUGUUCCUUGAUCAAGACAGCUGAUCAAUUUGAAUAUGAUGGUUGUGAUAACUGUGAAAAAUUGCUUCGCUUGAAGGGUAGCAAAGAAAGUGUCAACAGCUGCACAAGCUCAAAUUUUGACGGAAUUAUCUCAUUAAUCAGUGGAGAUGAUAGUUGGGUGGCAAGAUGGCAAAGGAUAGAUAACAAGGUUCCUGGAUGUUAUGCAGUAUCUGUGACAGGAAAAUUACCAAUGCAUAUAUUACGAGAACUGAAGGCUAGAGGAAUUGAUCACAUUUCAAGGGAUCGCUCACAGAAACUUUAAUGUAUGUCACAAGAUAAUUUUUUUGGUUAUAAUAUUUAUUUUUGUCAUCAUCAAAUCUCUACCUAGAUAUGAACUAUUGUGUUGAUUACUGAUUUUCAGCACUGUUUUAACUUGUGGUGUUAAAUGAACUACAAAUGGCAAAAAAAAAUAUUCCAAAUUUUUUCAUUAAAAUUCAACAUUAUUUUUCAACACUGAACAAAUUAUAAAUAUCAAGAAAAUACCUUUUGUAUAAAUCAACAUGCACAAAGGGAAGAAAGAAUGUCAAGGUUCAGCAGUGGUUGCAAUCAUCUUACUCAUUUUUUCAUGACACAACUUAACUUGUUGUUUUGCUAGCCAUUGUUCAUUUUUUUGUGCCUGUCGUAUAGUAUAACACUGAAAAUGAUUAGUUUUUCUUUCCAGUAUUCCAACAAGCCUGUAAUGAUAAAAAGAACUGUAAAGAUUACCUUACCAAUAAAACUUUUCUUCA